UGGGGAGGACCCAGUAAUGCUUUUGGAAGGAUUGAAUUGGCAGCUCGUGUGAACUUUUAUCCUUGAAGCAUGACCGAAAAAGAGAUUCUAGAGCCACCCGCGUCACCCACGUCCGAAGGCGGGAAAGGGCUGCAGAGGCUAAAGCGACUUUUUCAACGCAAGCCCAAGGAAGAGUCCAUCCAAGAGGAACUCCAGGCCAAUGGGGAGCUGGUCACCCCCUCAGGGGGGCCCAUCUAUUACUUCGAGGAAGAGGAGGAGGAGGAAGAGGAGGAACCUGAGCCGCCACCCGAGCCAGAAAAACCAGUCAACGACAAACCUCACAAGUUCAAGGAUCAUUACUUCAAAAAGCCCAAGUUUUGUGAUGUCUGCGCCCGCAUGAUUGUCCUCAACAACAAGUAUGGCCUAAGAUGUAAGAACUGCAAAACCCACAUCCAUCACCACUGCCAGAGCUAUGUGGAAUUGCAGCGCUGCUUUGGCAAGAUUCCUCCAGGUUUCCGUCGUGCUUACAGCUCUCCAUUGUACGGUGUCCAGCAACAAGCUAACCGAAGCGAUCCCGUGUUUGACACGCUGCGAACGGGUGUUGUCAUGGCAAAUAAGGAGCGCAAGAAAGGACAGGAGGACAAGAAGAAUCCAUUGGCUGCUAUGAUGGAGGAGGAAACGGAGGCCCCUAAGAUAGAGGGUGGCAAACCAGAAGAAGGAAAUCCAGAAGGAGAAAAGAAGGCUGAGAAGAAUGCCCCAGAUGAUAAGAAUAAGAAACAGCAGCCUGGAUUUCCGCAGUCCCACUACUUCAUUGCGCUUUAUCGCUUCAAAGCCUUGGAGAAGGAUGACCUGGAUUUCCACCCGGGGGACAAAAUUGCCAUUGUUGAUGACUCUAAUGAAGAAUGGUGGCGGGGCAAGAUUGGGGAGAAAAUUGGCUUCUUUCCACCCAAUUUCAUCAUACGUGUGCGGGCAGGAGAACGAGUGCAUAAGGUGAUGCGGUCCUUCGUAGGCAACAGGGAGAUUGGGCAGAUCACAUUAAAGAAAGAUCAGAUUGUGGUUCAGAAAGGCGAGGAGCUGAACGGGUACGUGAAAGUCUACACUGGCCGCAAGGUGGGGCUCUUCCCUGUCGAUUUCCUGCAAGAGAUUUGAGGCCCGACGUUGGCUUUUCCAUUGGUUUCCUAGCUUGGGCCAGAGAGGGCCAGGUUGUUGCCUUGGGGAGAGAGAUUCCCGGUUUCCAAGGACUGUCGGCAAAGGAGUUGGGUUCUGAGAGAGCCUGUAGCUCAAGAGUCAUGAUAUCCUGCCAAGGCCCUCAUCUCUGAGCCUAGCAUUCAAGGUGGGGAGUGUUGUGAUACUACAAUCUCAAAGGUCUCUGCACUCUCCUAAGUGCUCUUUGGACUCUGUGGUUUAGUGGCGGCAGAUCCCAGAAUGGGGUUAGCUGUUAUCCUUGAUGCUGCUGCCAUAGAGGUGCUGGGAUGUGGCCCGAACUGCUGCUUCCUGUCUGCAAAGGAAGUGGAUAGAUGAUCAUUCAUGUCGACUGCCAGACUCCAUAAAUAGGGUUGCCAGCUCCAGAUUGGGAAAUACCUGGAGAUUCAGGGAGGGUGGCGC